AUGACCGGUCCAAAAGAUAGCGGUGUCUACGAGACACAGACGGAGAUGGAGAUCGAGAAAGGUCAACCGAGAACGCUUUGGGGCGUUGUCAAGGAGGUGUUCAACUGGUAUCCGUCCCACUACCCUGCCAAAGAGCGAAAACUCUUGUUCAAACUCGACCUCUCCAUCUUAAUUUUCUCAUGCCUGUGCUUCUUCACCAAGUACCUCGAUCAAUCGAAUCUCAGCAAUGCGUAUACUUCAGGAAUGAAGGAGGACCUCGAGCUCUAUGGCAAUGAGCUGAACUACUUCAAUGUGUCGUAUUUUACAGCCUACGUCAUUGCUCAAAUCCCCUUGCUGCUACUCAUCUCCCGCCCCAAGCUCGCUCGGUACAUGCUCCCCACCUUGGAAAUAGCCUGGGGCAUCCUCACUUUCGCCCAGAGUCGUGUCACGAGCGCCACACAGCUGUAUGCGCUGCGCUUCUUCGUCGGCCUUUUCGAAGCCCCCGUCUUCGCCGGCACGCACUUCAUCCUCGGCAGCUGGUACCGCAAGCAGGAGCUGUUCAAGCGCGCGGGGACGUGGUUCAUCUGCAACUCGCUCGGCACCAUGGUCAGCGGUUACUUGCAGGCAGCAGCGUACACGAAUCUGUCUGGCGUUGCCGGUCUGUCGGGAUGGCGAUGGCUUUUCAUCAUAGACGGCAUCUUCACCAUCCCCGUCGCCCUCGCCGGCUUCUUCAUCUUCCCCGGUAUUCCCGAAUCGCCCAAGCCCAUCUUUCUCACCCAUGACGACAUCUCUCUCGCCAAGGAACGCAUGGCGGAUGAGAAGGUCCGGCCGCCGGGGAAGCUCAACCUGGACGUCUUCAAACGCAGCCUGCGCCGAUGGCACAUCUACGUCUUCGUGUUCUGCUAUAUCUGCAUGAUCAUCUCCUCGUACCCGUCCUCGUACAUGAACCUCUGGCUCAAGGCGGAGCGCUACUCGGUCCCGCAGAUCAACAAGCUGCCGACGGCGCUCAACGCCAUCACCAUCGUCUCCAGCUGGCUGGGAACCACCCUCGCCGCCAUCUACCCCAGCUGGGCGAUUUACUCCGUCGCCAUGGCCGCGUGCGUCUUCUCGAGCGCCUGCAUGACGGUUUGGAAGAUCCCCGUCGCGUUGAAGUGA